AUGUUUGUGGGUGUGUUCGGGCUGACGGAUCCGUCCGGACUCCCCGCCGGAGACAUCGAGGUGACCCUGAAGUGGAAGUCGACCUACUUCCCUCCAUCCGUGGGAGAGCAACCGUCCAUCCCGAACAAGACGGAACAGCACAGCGUGGAGAAGAAGAAAGAGAGAGAGCAGCACAGCGUGGAGGAGAAGAAGAAAGAGAGAGAGCAGCACAGCGUGGAGGAGAAGAAGAAAGAGAGAGAACAGCACAGCGUGGAGGAGAAGAAGAAAGAGAGAGAAGUUGCUGAGACGCCGCAAAAAGAAGAGAAACACCUUCACCAUCAGCCCGUCUCGCUGCCUACACCUGCUGCCUCUAAGGCCCCGCUGCCAAAACUCAGACAGAGGAACAAGCUGCAGGACGGACCGGCAGCCAAGAAGGUCACCUUCAUAGAGACCUCCGCUACAGACGCCCAGGUGAGACCAUUAGUUAGAGACCUCCACUACAGACGCUCAGGUGAGACGCUUAGUUAGAGACCUC